AUGCAGCUGAGAGUGUCGGCGACUGCGCGGCCGGCGCAGACCAAGUCGGCCACCAUGUACGAACUGCUGUCGGUGGAGAAGACGGCGGGGCCGGAGGAGAUCAAGGCGGCGUACCGGGUGCAGGCGCGGCGGUGGCAUCCGGACGCGUGCCGGACGGCGGUGGACAAGGCCUACUUCGCCGAGCGUUUCAUACGAGCACGGGAGGCCUACGAGGUUCUCUCCGACCCGUCGCGCCGCCGGGACUACGACGUCUCGCUCCUUCGGGCCGACGGAUGGGCCAUCGCCGUCGGUGGCGGGGUGGUCCUCCGGAAUGGCGGCGGCGCGUGGGGGUUCGGGGACUGGGUGAGCCAGCUGGAGGGGCUGAAGCGGCGGCGGAGCGGCGCUCGGCAGUGCGCCGGAGGGGAGGACGAGAGCUGGGGGAGUCGGAUGAGGAGGGCCCACGAUUGGAAGGCUUCCGAUUGA